AUGGAGCCGGGCGCGGGGGCCGCGGAGGGAGAGGGGCCGCCCGCGCCCCGGCCCCGCCGCCGCCGCUCCCUGCGUCGCCUGCUCGGCCGCUUCCUGCUGGCGCUGGGCAGCCGCUCCCGCCCGGGGGCCUCGCCGUCCCGGCCGCGGCCCCAGCCAGGCCCCCGCGACGGCGACGGCGACGGCGACGGCGACGGCGAGGGGGGCUUCGCCUGCGCCCCGGACCCCGCCCCGGCCGCGCGCGGGAGCCCCGGGGAGGAGCGCCCGCCCGGCCCGCAGCCGCAGCCCCCGGCCGGCGACGGCGCGCGGCCCCCGGGCGCGCAGGGCUUGAAGAACCACGGCAACACCUGUUUCAUGAACGCCGUGGUGCAGUGUCUCAGCAACACCGACCUGCUGGCCGAGUUCCUGGCGCUGGGGCGCUACCGGGCGGCGCCGGGCCGCGCCGAGGUCACCGAGCAGCUGGCGGCGCUGGUGCGCGCGCUCUGGACGCGCGAGUACACGCCCCAACUUUCCGCCGAGUUCAAGAACGCUGUGUCCAAGUAUGGCUCCCAGUUCCAAGGCAAUGCCCAGCACGAUGCCCUGGAGUUCCUGCUCUGGUUGCUGGAUCGUGUGCAUGAGGACUUGGAGGGCUCCUCCCGAGGACCAGGGGCUGAGAAGCUUCAGCCCGAAGCCAACAAAACCCCUGAGAACCUCCCGUCCCCACCAGCUCAGCUUUCUCUAGGCCAAAGCUUUGUGCAGAGCCACUUUCAAGCACAGUACAGAUCUUCCUUGACCUGUCCCCACUGCCUGAAGCAGAGCAACACCUUUGACCCCUUCCUCUGCGUGUCCCUACCAAUCCCCUUGCGCCAGACGAGAUUCUUGAGCGUCACCUUGGUCUUCCCCUCCAAGAGCCAGCGGUUCCUGCGGGUUGGCCUGGCCGUGCCAAUCCUCAGCACAGUGGCAGCCCUGAGGAAGAUGGUUUCAGAGGAAGGCGACAUCCCUGCAGAUGAGGUGAUCUUGGUUGAACUGUGUCCCAAUGGAUUCCAGCGGUCGUUCUUUGAUGAAGAGGACCUGAAUACCAUCUCAGAGGGAGAUAAUGUGUACGCCUUCCAUGCUCCUCCACCCCCUGGUCAGGAGACACUCUCAGCUCAUCCAUGUGGUUUGUCGGUGUCCCCACGUUUGGCAGCCCGUGAAGGGCAGCGAGUACCCCUGUCUGUCCCCAGCAAGAAUAAGGUGCUAAUCCUCAUCUGUAACUUGGUGGGGUCAGGGCAACAGGCCAGCAGGUUCGGGCCACCUUUCCUGCUCAGGGAAGACAGAGCCAUCACCUGGGUCCAGCUCCAGCAGCGCAUUCUCAGUAAUGUCCGCUGUGUCAUGAAGAGUGAGGUCCCCAUCCAGAACCCGGGAUCUCUGUUCUCCGUCCGGGUUGUGGGGCUUUCCCUGGCCUGCAGCUACUUAUCCCCACACGACAGUCAUCCACUCUGUCACUGGGCAGUUGACAGGGCCAUGCACCUCAGGAGGCCAGGAGGCCCCCCACACAUCAAGCUGGCUGUGGAGUGGGAGAGCUGUGCCAAGGAGCGGCUGUUCGGGAACCUCCAGGAGGAGCGGGUCCAGGAUGCGGACAGUGUGUGGCGGCAGCAGCAGGCACACCAACAGCACAGCUGUACCUUGGACGAGUGCUUUCAGUUCUACACCAAGGAGGAGCAGCUGGCGCAGGACGACGCAUGGAAGUGCCCGCACUGCGAGGCCCUCCAGCGGGGCAUGGUGAAGCUGAGCUUGUGGACGCUGCCCGACAUCCUCAUCAUCCACCUCAAGAGGUUCUGUCAAGUGGGCGAGAAGAGGAACAAACUGUCCACACUGGUGAGGUUCCCGCUCUCUGGCCUCGACAUGGCUCCGCACGUGGCCCAGAGAGGCGCCGGCCCCCCGGCUGCCACGGGCCCCUGGCCGUCCUGGAAGCAGCCGGCCUGCCUGCCCGCUGGCUACCCGCUGGACUCCCUGUACGACCUGUACGCCGUCUGCAACCACCACGGCAGUCUGCAAGGUGGGCAUUACACAGCCUACUGCCGGAACUCUCUGGAUGGCCAGUGGUACAGUUACGAUGACAGCACGGUUGAACCACUCCCAGAGGACGAGGUCAACACCCGAGGCGCUUACAUCCUGUUUUAUCAGAAACGGAACAGCAUCCCUAUCUGGUCAGCCAGCAGCUCCGUAAGAGGCUCCACGAGCUCCUCCUUCUCCGAUCACUGGCUCCUUCGGCUGGAGAGCAGUCACGGCAGCGCCAGGGGCAGCCUGUUGUCCUGGAGCUCCAGCCCCGGCCCCUCACGGCCCCGGGAGCCUGACCCUCCCGUCUUCGCCAGCAGCCUCUCCGAUCAGGAAAAGGGAGGGUUGCAGUCUGGGCCUUUGGUCCGGGGUGUACGAGGCCGAAGCAUCAGCAUGAAGGAGCCUCCACCUUCCAGAGCCAAGCAGGGAGCCUUGUUCAAGACCAUGCCCCUCCGAUGGUCUCUUAGGCCCAGAGAGAAACCCCUCGGUGCAUCCGUGGAGCUGGUGGAGUACUUGGAGUCCAGGCGGAGGCCCCGAUCCACGAGCCAGUCCAUCGUGCCGCUGUUGACAGGCGCUGCUGGCGAGGACGGGACGUCAAAAGCCACCGGCCCGGCUAGGGGGGAAGAGAGUGGGCGAGCCAGCGACAGAGUGCCCUGCCCCUCGGGCCACACCAACUACUGUGCAACCCCUGGAAUCUCAGAUGGUCCCAACACUGCGAGGAAAGCCACGGAAAAUGCAAGUCAGGAUAUCAAGCUGCCCAAAGAGUUUGACCUGCCCCUCCCGGUGAUGCCCUCGGUGGGGGAUGAGAGACGAGCCCGAGCUGAGGGCCAGAAGACCGCAAACUGCAAGGGAAGUGGCCAGGCAGGAAGCCACAGCAGGGUACCCUCCCCCAAGGAGGCUCUGAGCACCGCGGCAUCUUCUAGAAGCAGCGCAGACGGCCGCCACAGUGCCUUAGCCAGGAUGAGGGCCCACGCGGAGGGCAGAGACAUGGAAACCGACAGAUCCCCACAGGGAACCCUCACCCUGCUGAGGUCUGUGUUUUGGAAGAAGGAGAACAAGCAUGACAGGGCGGAGGUGGCCCCACAGGCGUCCCCAGUGUCCCUGGUGAGCGGCAGGCUGAGCCCGGCGGUGGGUGAGCACGCUCGAGUCCCCUCUCCUUCCUUCCAGCUCCGGGACGGCCUGCCCAGGGCCCCUGCCAGCCGCCUGGAGAGGGACAUCUGGUCGGCACCCAGCUCUCUCCGCCUCCCCCGCAAGGCCGGCAGGCCCGCGUGGGCCGGUGCCCUGGGCGCAUCCCACAGACCUGUUCCCGGAGAGCACCCUCCCUUGAGCACCUUGCAACAGGUGAAGUACCACACUCUUUCCUUAAGUCGGAAGAAAACGUUACCUGAGUCCAGCUUCUGAUGGUGCGUGUUCCAGUUUCGUGCGAAGCUGGCCUCCUCACGAUGGAGCCGCAGGAAGAAGCUUGUGUCGAGAGUGGGCUUUCGGAAAGCCGGUUGUCUUGUGACCCCUGAAAAAUACAUUUAUUUUCUUUCUUUCUUUUUUUUUUUUUUUGGUACCCACCUCUAGAUUUCCAACACAGCAUGUCCUAAUACCUUCCUGUACCGUUGGGUGCUUUUAUACUUGCAGGCCAUGAGAGGGUGCUGUUGCGUCAGCAUUACCGGUUCAGGGCAAGAUUGGAUUUAUUUCCCUAAUUCCACAGGCCCCAGUACAUGCCCUAAAGAGAGAUUCGGAUGUGGCCCAGCUUUACAGCUGGUAACUCUGCAGGGAGGCCUCAUAAACAAGAGUCUCGGACAUCCCAUCACUUCUUGCCAUCGGCUUCUCAUUUUCAAAUCUGCAAUGCCUCUCUGGGAUAAAGCCUUCAAGAUGCCCAAAACACCGUAAAACAUCUAGGAGAGAGAUGGAGCAGAACCGGUGGCGAUUUUAGGAAGAUAUUUAAUAUAUAACAAAAUAAUUGUAUUACUGUUUUUCAAGGUAUUUAAAAAAGAGAACUAUUUUGAUACUAGGAGUAGAGGAAGUUCUUUUUAAACAAAAACAAAAAUGAAGUAUGACAUCUAUGUACAAUUUUAAUAAAGGUCCAUCAGUGAAACAUGCA